AUGGGGUUGAUAUAUGCCAGCUCCUACUACAAGAUGUUGACAUAUCGUCUAGCCACAGGUGACGCCCCAGUGCAAACAGAUUCAUCCAACCAAGAAUCUGUUGUUGCUACAUUUAGUCCCAAAGGUACUUCUGAGAUUUCAGGAACUAUCAAAUUUAGUCCUGCUAGUAAUGGUUCAGUCUUGGUCUCAGUUGACGUUAGUGGUUUACCCUCAUCAGGUGGCCCAUUCCCAUACCACAUCCAUGAGGCACUUGUUCCUGAGAAUGGCAAUUGCACUGCAACUGGCGGCCAUUUUAAUCCAUUCAAUGGAUCGGCCUCGGCUACCGAACCAGCUGCUAAAGAAGUUGGUGACUUGGCUGGAAGACAUGGUAACAUCACCACCACCUCAGACUUCAAGACAGAGUAUGUUGACAAUUAUCUUUCCUUGAACCCAGACUCUGAGGCAUACUUUGGAAACCUUUCAGUAGUGAUUCAUUCAAGUAACAACUCAAGAUUGACAUGUGCUAACUUGGAAUCUGAAGAAAGUUCUGGCACAAAUGGUGGUGAUGGUGGUGGUGCAAGUGGAUCUAACUCAACAACAGGUGGUGGUGGUGCAAGUGGAUCUAACUCAACAACAGGUGGUGGUGGUGCAAGCGGAUCUAACUCAACAACAGGUAGUGGUGGUGCAAGUGGAUCUUCAACAGCCAACAGUGCCAGUGGUUUGGAGUAUGGUGGAAUGGUUGUCGCAGCUGCUGUUGCCUUAUUGAUUUAA